AUGGAGCACCCUCAUCUAAGCGUGCUGCAGAGAGAGAAGUUCAUAUGGAGUCUGUCAAAUGUUCCCCUCUUGGAAGCAUACAUCAAUUUAUUUGAUGGAGAUCCUCUUCAUGAGGUCGUGAAGUCUGUCAUUCAUCAGUACAAGACCUCUGUGAUCCCCAAGCGCUCCGAUUUCCGCAAGUGCGUUAAUCACGGUGACUUCAAUGACCUCAAUGUGCUUGUCCAACCUGAUGAGAGUGACAGCCACAGGAUUUCUGGCAUCCUUGACUUUGGUGACAUGAACAGUGGCUACUAUAUCCAUGAGCUAGCCAUCGCUAUCACGUACAUGAUGAUGGAGCACCCUAAACCCAUAGAGGUGGGUGGACCUCUCCUCGCGGGCUGGGAAAGUGUCCUUCCCCUCAAUGACGCAGAGAGAGACUGUCUCUAUGUGCUGGUGCUGUCCCGCUUCUGCCAGUCGUUGGUUUUAGCGCGUCACGCCGUGACCCUGCAUCCGGAAAAUGAAGAGUAUCUUAUGAUUUCAUCUAGGAACGGCGUCCAUUUUCUCCGUCAACUCUGGGAGCUUGGAAAGGAGCAGGUGGAGAAGGUGUGGUUUCAGAGUGCUGCUCAGUUCAGUGAGAGAAAGUGAGAAAUAUGUGAGGAAUGCCAUUCACAGAUUUCUACGCACAGUAGGGUGAUUCCACUGAGCAUGAUGUCCAAAUCGGCCAUAAUUUUCUUGAGUUAAAAGCAAUACAUUGUAUUUUCACUGGAAAAAAUACGAUACAUUGCACUCCUGAUAUUAAGACAGAUUGAAGUAGGAAUACUACACAGUCCCUUCAGGAUUUUGGGAUGUUGUGAUUGCAACUAUUAACACAAAUUCAACAACUUCCCUUGAAUUCAGCGCGACUUGCAAUUUUGACCAAUCACUGCAAAUUUGACCUAUCAUCGCCGUUUCCUGUAAAACGUUGUUAUAUACCAGCAUACUCACUUCCUUCGUCAGUUAUAUCUACCAUGUCCACUCUAGCAUAAGCAUUGCAACAUGCAGUGUAGUGUGGUAGGGGGUGUGGGUGCACAAAUGGUACAGUGGGAAAAACUUUCUGUUCAUUAGACACAGGGUUUGAUGUUACAUAGUGGAACAAAUUAACAUGAUUUGCUGUUGGUCACAGUUGGGAAGGUUCAUGUGUUGCAUGAAUGAUCUUGUGCCUUGAUACGUAAGGAUACAGACCUGUGGAAGGUUUGAGUCCUCAUGGAAUACAUGGGUGCCUUGUUUCAAAUUUCCCUUUCUGCUGUAUGUUUGUUAUGGUAAUGAGACAUGUCUCAUCACCAUAGGGAUAAGGAGACCUGAGCUACUGUACAAUACAAACGCAAAUUGUACCUGGUUUGUCAAACAAAAAGAUUAAAUUAAUGCUCAGGUCACAUAUCAGCGAGAUUCAAUUCAA